GAAGCCAUUCCCACCCCUAUUUUUGGUUCAUUGUAAUUUCUUUUGUUUGGUUUGUAUGAUGUCAAGUGGAGCAAGGGCUGGACCACAGAUGCCAGCCAUUAUCAAUAUUAAGGGUCUUCAGAUAUUUUAGAGCAUUGCUCAGAUAUAUUGUUAUAGAUUUGACUUAUAAUGUGUUAAACUGGAUCCCAUUCAGUAUCUUUCUUUUCUCAGGUAGCUAUUGGGUUAAACUUUUAUGAUCAUUCAGAGUUCCUCCUAUCAUCCACAUCUAUUUUUAUUUUACCGCAAUCCUGUUUCUGCUACUUGGAUUAGAUCUAGCAGGAGGCAUAGCACUGUCACAGUUCCCCCCAGCUGUCACAGAGUAGAAUCUUUUGGCAGGAGCGUUAGUGCAAACAGAUGUCCAUAUACAGUACAAGGUCUAUAUUUAUGAUGGAAUUGGACCCAAAUCUAAUUGACUAGAUCAUAGUUAUUUCUCAAAACUUAUGCUCUCCCUUUAGAGUUUUUCUUUGCUUGUAAAAUUGUAAUUUCCUUCAUUAAAUGGGAACUUUCAUGCAAUGUAUUUAUGAACUUUCUGGGAGAGCUGAUAUCCAAAUCCAUUCCUGAUUUUGUGCAGUACCCAUUGACUACUGUUACAGAAGUAACAAGGCAACCGUGUCUCAGACAGUGGAGAACUACUACAGAAAAGCUGAGAGGUGUGAGCUGGGAGGCUUUUUAACUUAUCUAAAAGCUUCACAAUGAUAUUUUUCUUGUUUGAUUUUGCCGUGAACCACUUUUUCCUCUUCAUUCUUUGCUGCCUGGUGGUGUCUACUGUGGUAGUAAAAUGCAUGGACCACAUUCGCACCAGUAUGACUAUAGAGAAGGCACAAAAGCAAAGGAAGGAUGCCCUUCAUCUCAUGGAGAAGGUUAUCACAGACUUUAAAGAACAGCAUCCUGAACUUGAUACUGGGCAUAUUGUUUCCCUGACCCUGUCCCAGUUGGUGGACCAGCUAAAGAAAGGCUCCCUGGCUGCAGAAAGUGUUCUUGUUGCUUAUAUUGAGAAGGCUUUGGAAGUCAAUAAGGAACUAAACUGUCUGACUGACUUUCUGUCUGAGUGUGAGGCCCAACUUCAAGAAGUGAAGAAACAGAAAGAAAAAGGCCUGUUGUAUGGAGUGCCGAUUACCCUAAAGGACAAUGUUGGAUAUAAGGGCCAUGAUUCUCACUGCGGACUUGUACAAUUCCUUGGUAUUGCGGACCAAGAGGACAGUGUGAUUGUGCAGGUUUUAAAGAAGCAUGGGGCUGUUCCCUUCGUGAAGACCAAUAUACCACAAUCCAUGAUAAAUUUUGACUGCAGCAAUUCCAUCUUUGGACAAACUUUAAAUCCUCAUAAUCACAAAAAGACAUGUGGGGGUUCCAGCGGUGGGGAAGCAGCUCUGAUCGCAGGAGGAGGGGCAGUACUCGGCGUAGGUACCGAUGUCCUUGGAAGUAUCAGAAUGCCUUGCAGCUUUUGUGGAAUAUGUGGCCUUAAACCAUCAGGGAAUCGACUUAGUUCCUUGGGAUUUUCUACACCUGUCAGUGGAAUGAAAUCAGCUGUGAUGAUGCCUGGACCAAUGGCAAGGGAUGUGGAUAGCCUGGCUUUGUUUAUGAAAGCUGUUUUAUGUGAUGACAUGUUCCAGCUUGAUCCAACAGUACCCCCUGUUCCAUUUAGAGAUGAGAUUUAUAACAGUUCAAAGCCUCUCACAAUUGGAUUCUAUGACACAGAUGGAUAUUUUCUACCAUCCCCUGGUAUGAGAAGGGCAAUUCAGGAAACCAAAGCUCUGCUGGAAGAAGCAGGUCACAAGCUGGUUCCUUUUUCUCCACCACGCAUAGAAUAUGCACUCAAUGAGCUUUGUAUAAGAGGGUUUUUUGCAGAUGGAGGAUCCACUUUAGUAGAUAAAUUCAAUGCAGACAUAGUGGAUCCUAACCUGAAACAACAGAUGCUUCUGUAUAAAAUACCCACCAUUGUGAAGAAGAUCAUAACCUUUUUCAUGAGGCCAGUAUUUCCACGCAUUGCAAACCAUGUGAAUGCACACUGUGGUGUGGGCUCAGUCAAACAAUUGUGGAAACAUAAUGCAGCAAUAAAGGAGUACCGCUGUGAAUAUAUUAACGAAUGGAAAAAGCUGAAUUUGGAUGCCUUGCUCUGCCCUAUGUUGGGUCCAGCUUUCAAUAUUGGAUGCCCUGGAAAACUCUUUGCUGGCUUUUGCUUCACCAUGCUAUUCAAUAUUUUGAACUUUCCUGCUGGGGUUCUACCUGUUAACAUUGUUACACCGGAAGACGAGGAAGAACUGAAGAAUUACAAAGGAUACUAUAAUGAUCUUUGGGACAAAGAUGUUAUUAAGGGCAUGGAAGAUGGUGUUGGGCUUCCGUUGGCUGUGCAGUGUGUGGCAUUACCCUGGCAAGAAGAACAGUGUCUUCGACUUAUGAAGGAAGUAGAAAAUGUAACUCGUGGAAAAUUAAACAAGUGAAGGUCCUUCCCUGGUUUGCGAUAACACAGCUGACUUUUUAUGACACAUCAAUGGAUAACACACAUUUGACUAUAAUACAAAGGCACUAGUAAUUGUAGAAAAGAAAAACCCGAUGUACCCAAUAUAACCAAAUAAAAUGUUGCCUUUC